AUGUCAUCAUCGAAGCAAAAUGGUUCGCAUACAAGCGCUAAACUACGCGAGCGAGCUAUGCAAGCAAUAACUGAGGCUAAAAGGCCUUUAGCAGCUGCUGAAAUUGAAAGUUCACUUCGAAUUAACGAUCAUCAUCUCUUCAAAGAAAUUUCUGCAAAAUGUGGUGAUUAUUUACGAGUCAUUCUUUCAUUAACCCAUAGCGACGUCUUUAGUAAAUACAAGCCAACAAAGCCAAUUCACAGAAUCGACCGAAGAGCGAUUUUCUUCGGUUUAGCUGAUGGAGAUUACGAUCCUGAACAGUGGAAGAGGGUAACAUCUAAAAAUGCACCAUCUCCGCCCGAAAAAGAAAGUAGUCCCAAACCAGAAUCCAAGAUUGUCACCCAAAUCGUACCAAAUGAUACAGAUAAAGAAGAUAUGAGAUCAAAGGAAAUUAUCGCCUUUAACUCAUUAUUCAAUUGCAUCGAAGAUGAAAAUGUUAUAUCAAACUGGAAUUUCAAUUUUCCAUAA